AAUAUUUCCGUUAAUGGUUCUCAUGCUGAAACUUUCCUCAGUUACACUUCUCUGUAAGAGUUUACAUAUUUACAAGGCAACCUGAACGCAGCAUUAGUCUAUGAUCAGCCUUCCGCGGGAAAUUCGGGAUUCUAAAAAACGACGUUUUGAGUUGUAUUUGGAUUAAAGCCACAAUAACAUCGCUAUCUUAAUAGUUUUAAGAUCUAAUGUUGGGGUGUGUUGGUGGAGUCUGCGUUGCAAAAUGUCAAAGAAGAAAGGACUCAGUUUGGAGGAGAAGAGAACUCGUAUGAUGGAGAUUUUCUUUGAAUCAAAAGAUGUGUUUCAGUUGAAAGACAUUGAGAAGAUUGCACCCAAGUCAAAGGGGAUAGCUCCUAUGACUGUGAAGGACGUUCUGCAAAGCCUGGUGGACGACAACAUGGUCGACUGUGAGAGAGUUGGCACCUCCAACUACUACUGGUCCUUUCCUAGUAAGGCCUUAAAUACUCGCAAGCACAAACUGCAGGAGCUGCAGAAACAGAUUUCAGAUGCAAGUGAGCGGAAAGUGUCUCGACAGAAGGCGGUUGAAAAGGCAAAAGUAGGACGCCAAGAUACAAAAGAAAGAAGCUCUUUGCAGAAGAAGUUGCAGGCUCUGAGAGAUGAUCGAACAAAGCUGCAGGCCGAGUUAGACAAGUACCGCGAAUGUGACCCAGAAGUUAUUGACGAGAUGAGGAAGUCAAAUGUUGUCGCAAAAGAAGCCGUUUCCAGGUGGACAGACAAUGUUUUUGCCAUCAAGUCCUGGACAAAGAAGAAGUUUUCUUUUGAUGACAGCCGCAUUGAUAAAGCUUUUGGCAUCCCAGAGGAGUUUGACUAUAUUGACUGACCCCGGACCUUUCGCUGGAUUCAAAAAUAAGCCCAAAAUAAGCGGUGAUGCUUCUUUUGGAAGUUGACUUUCCUGGUUUCUGCAUUUUUGAGUUUGUUUUUGUUUUUUUGUUCUGUGCGUUGGAGUGAAAAUGAAUGUACCGUAAUUCACUUUUAUGGCCCGGGGUGGAAUAUCUGUGAUUUUGCUGUCACAGAAGGAGUUAAGUGGAUAAGUUACUUCGGUGCAACCGGAGAAGAGACCAAGCCAUAUCUCACAGAAAGCGCCUCUGAGGGGUGAAGGGGUUCUGUGAAAAUCACAAGUGAGCAGCCUGACCUCUUGGACACCUGUUUGCAUGAAAACCGAGAGCCUUAAGCUGAUGAUGGAAAGGAAUCAACACUGCAUCUGGAUUUCCAAAGGCUACUUUUAAAUGGCUCAAACAGAUGGUUUGGAAUCAAAUAUUUGAGCACCCUUUUUUCCCCUCUAGAUUUGUUUUUUCACAACAUUUAGCAAUCUUGUUUCAGAGGAAGUGCUUAUGGAGUAAUGGCAGACUAAAAUUUCACCGAGCAUGUUCAGGAAAUGUCAUGCCUUCAGUGCUGUAAAUAUUUACUUUAUGAGGUGCAUUUAAAUUUCUGUCAAACUUUCCUCUUUUAUUACAGUAGAAAUGACAGCAUGUUUUAAGCUGAGUAAAGUUGGUAUCCAGUGUAUGCGUAUAAUAACAUCAGUCCUUUCUGUUGUUUGUUUUUAGUUUUGGACAAAUUGCUCCUUGCUGUUUUUACAAAAUUUGUCAUUAAAGUAUUUUUUUCUCUAA